AUGACUUUCACUUUGCCGCUAGACAUUCCCACCUCUCGCCUCGAUGGGAAGGUCGCCCUCGUCACGGGCUCCGGACGCGGUAUCGGGCGCGGAAUUGCAAUUGAGCUCGGACGAAGGGGCGCUUCCGUAGUGGUGAACUACGCAAAAAGCUCCGGACCAGCCAGCGAGGUUGUGAAGGAGAUCACAAUUUCCGGAUCCGAGGCCAUCGCCAUACAGGCCGACAUCUCCAACCCAUCUGACAUUGCCAAACUAUUCGAAGCAACGCAUUCGCAUUUUGGCAAGCUGGACAUUGUCGUCUCCAACUCUGGGAUCGAGCACUUCGGCAGCAUCGAGGAGAUUAGUCCAGAAGAGUUUGACCAGGUCUUUAACCUCAACACGCGCGGCCAGUUCUUCGUCGCCCAGAAGGCCUACAGCUAUCUCAGCGAGGGCGGCCGGCUGAUCCUGAUGUCCUCCAUCUCCGCUGGUGUGGGCCUACGCCAUCAUGCCGUCUAUGCGGGAAGCAAGUGCGCAGUCGAAGCGUUUGGCAGGUGCUUGACCAAAGAGUUCGGAGCCAAGAAGAUCACUGUUAAUGUCGUUGCCCCUGGCGGCGUAGGCACUGACAUGGCGGCUGAAGCGGGGUGGAGAUACAUCCCCGGGGCUAACCCGUCGUGGACUGCGGAAGACAUCAAUAAAUUCGUUUCGUCCCGGACCCCACUGCAAAGAAUGGCCCAGCCUCUUGACAUUGCCAGAGUGGUGGCUUUUCUGGUCAGCGAAGACGGCGGCUGGAUGAACGGCCAAACUAUUACGGUCUCUGGAGGCGCGACGGCGUGA